CAACAGUACAGGUGGAGACUGGAACUGAGACUCUUUGCACCGUCGCCGGAGAAGAUAAACCCAUAAACCCACACAGUUAUCUGUUAAGACUAACGCCAUGGACAUGGAUUUAUGGGCUUCUAGAGUUGACACCGCCAAGCACCUCAGUGCUAUGCAAGCUGCCAGACUCAGCUCUGAAAACCAUUUGAGAAUGGAUGAUUCUGAAGGAGAUGAUGACGUAAGGGCUUGCUUCCUCUGCCCCUUCUGUUAUGUGGAUAUAGAAGUUCCGGUGCUUUGUGCCCAUCUACAAGAAGAACAUUGCUUUGAUGUAAAAAAUGCGGUAUGCCCUGUAUGUGCAGCAACUUUAGGUAAGGACAUGAUUGGACAUUUUACAGUGCAGCAUGCGCAUUUGUUGAAGAGAAGGAGAAAAUCUCAAAGAUCAGGCCUAUGGACUAAUAGUUCAGCAAUGUUUGGAAAAGAACUACGAGAACUGAACUCAUUUCUUGGUGCCACUUCUACAAAUGGUAGGGGAAGUGCAACUGACUCUGUACCUGAUCCACUGCUGUCACCAUUUCUAUGCAGUAUAGUUAUUCCAGACACCAAAGCUGAUCAAGAUAAACCCUCCAAAAAUGAUGUGUCGGCUUCUUCUAACAUGAAGAGCAUGGAGCCUUCUGCAUCAGAUGAAUCUCAGGAACAGGAUUAUCGAGAAAGAAACCAGAGGGCUGAGUUCUUCCAGCAGUUGAUCCUAUCAACCAUUUUCUGAGGCAUUUUACCUGUGGAAUGGGGUUUUGAAAUGCUUCAAAGAGGUGGAACAGGUCUUUGCCCUCAUCAAGCCAUGGCUCGGUUUCCUGGAUUGUGCAUGCUUUUAGGAACUUACAUACUAAGCAGCUGUAAUUUGCUCCUCUCAAAUGUUAUUGGAGACAGCAGAGGCGUACAUCACAACACGUCUUCCUUUGUAGUUAAGGCAAUGUAUAUCAGUUUGUAAAUUUAUUUAGUAAUCCAAACAAGAGACAGAACCCCAGAACU